AUGAUAUUAAUUACUAGACGUUUUGUUCAAACCAGAAAUAUAUUGAAAUUAACCAGUUUACGUUUCCAUUCAACAAAUGAAAUGGUGGACUCUACCCUUGCAAAAAGUUUGUUCCCUAAAUUAGAAGAUGUUAAACAACAAGAUAUGACUCCAUUAAAUAAUUCAGUGGUUAAUAGAGGUAAAUAUUUUGUAGGUAGAAGUGAAACUGGUAAUUUACCUGUAUACACUGAAUAUUUAGGUGGUGGAAACAAAGUGGUUACGGAGAUUAAGAAGAUACGAGGUGAUCCAGUUCAAUUGAAAAUAGAUUUACAGGAAAGAUUACCCUUUAUUGAUAAAAAAAAUUGGAGAGUGGUGGCUGUUUCAAAUAAAAUUGUCGUUAAAGGUAAUUAUUGCUCUGAAAUCAAAAAGGUUCUAUCUACUACUUUCUAA